CACACGGCCACCAAUCAGAGAGCAGAUACGAGUUUUAAAUGUUUAAACCAUCAGACCAGAAGAGGCUGAUUGGUCCCAGUUCAUUCCCACCAGAUGGAGAACAUCAGGGUUCGUUUAUACAUCCAACCAUUUAUACAUCCAACCAUCCUUCGUCUUCAUUCUCUGUUCUGCACCUGCGUAUUGUGACUCAGUGACCUGUAGGAGGCGCUGUGACCCCUGGUGUGUUUGGGUCAGACUGGUGGUUAGCUGUCUGCCCCAGACCUUCCUCCUCCUCCUGUGAUCCAGAACUCCUCCUCUUCCUCCCUGGGUUAAACCUUCCCUCUCUGCUGCAGUUUAGCUGCAGGAAGAUCAGGAGCCUGUUGGGGUGUGAUGGGGUACCAGAGGGGCUUCUGGAGGAGCCUGGGGGCAGGAGGAGGAGGAGGAGGAGGAAGAGGAGGAAGAGCAGCUGCUGUGGUCAGGUGUUCCUGCUCAGAGCAGAAGGUGACGAUCUGCUUCAGGAGCGCCUCGGACGGCCGGCCGCUGCGCCGAAUCGAGUCACCUCGCCUGUCCAUCGCCUCCAUCAGCAGCGAUGAGCGCGCUCCGUCCGCCACGCCCUCUGACCCCUCCGACCCGCCGGCGUCGGGCCAGCGCCCGCUCAGCCUGAUCUCCACACUGUCCUCCGGGUCCAGGUCCUCCGGGUCCGGGUCCUCCAGGGACGACUGCGUCGCCCCACCGCCGGAGAUCGACCCGAACCAGAACCCGAGUCCUGAGAAAAGGGGGCGGAGCUUCGUUCACAACAACAACAACAACAACAAAGCCUCGACUCCGAGCCGAGCGUCCAGCCGCCGGCAGCCGGUGCUGCCCUUCGUGGGCGCCACCAUGGUUCCCGACCCCAAGCUGAAGCACCUGGACCGCAUCGUCAUGGAGAUCAUCGAGACGGAGCGGAUGUACGUCAGAGACCUGAAGAUCAUAGUGGAGGAUUACCUCGCUCACAUCAUCGACGAGUCGGACCUGUCCAACCACCCCAAGCUGGUCUGCGACCUUUUCGGGAACAUCGAGGACAUCUAUGAGUUCAACAGCGAGCUACUGCAGGACCUGGAGCGAUGCGACAACGACCCCGUCGCCAUCGCCAGCUGCUUCGUGUCAAAGAGUGAAGACUUCGAUAUCUACCAGUACUGCACCAGCUACCCAGAGUCGGUGGAAGCGCUGACAAAGUGCAUGAACAAUAAGUCUGUGGCCAAGUUUUUCCGGGACCGCCAGGCGUCGCUGAAGCAUUCGCUGCCUUUGGGCUCCUACCUGCUCAAACCCGUCCAGAGGAUCCUCAAGUACCACCUGCUGCUCCAGGAGAUCGCCAAGCACUUCGGCCCUCAGAAGGACGGCUACGAUGUGGUGGAGGAGGCGCUCUACACCAUGACCUGGGUGGCCUGGUACAUCAACGACAUGAAGAGGAAACACGAGCACGCCGUGCGGCUGCAGGAGGUCCAGUCUCUGCUGGUGAACUGGAAAGGUCCGGACCUCACCACGUACGGCGAACUGGUGCUGGAGGGAACCUUCAAGGUUCCCCGGGCUCGACACGAGCGCACGCUCUUCCUGUUCGACCGCAUGCUGCUCAUCACCAAGCGCCGCGGCGAGCACUUCGUCUACAAGACGCACAUCUCUUCGUCGACGCUGCUGCUGAUCGAGAGCGCCAAGGAUUCGCUGAGCUUCAGCGUCAGCCAUUACAAACACCUCAAACAGACUCACAACGUGCAGGCCAAGACGGUGGAAGAAAAGAAGCUUUGGGCUCAUCACAUCAAACGCAUCAUUUUGGAAAACCACCAAGCGGCCAUCCCUCAGAAGGCGAAGGAAGCCAUUCUGGAGAUGGACUCCAUCGGUCCGGCCCGGUACCGCUACAGCCCCGAGCGGCUGAAGAAGACGGACGAGUUUCCCCGAGACGCUCGCCAGGGCCGCAGGCAGUCGGAACCAACCAAGCAGAUGCUGAAGAGGAAUAAAGCGCCUCUGGAGCAUGCGGUCAGUGAGGACGCGCUGGCGGGCGACAGGCGCUCGCUGCAGGGCGCCAUCAGCAGCAGCACGCUGGGCUCCAGCAGCCUGGGCUCCAGCAGCCUGGGCGAGCCGGACGGCGGCGAGGACGAGGCCGGCCGGCUGGACGACUUCCUCCUGGAGGACGAGCAGGAGGCAGAGAAAAGUUGCAACGCCGCAACCAAAGAAAACGGUCAGCUCUUUGAAGACGAGCUGAUCGGACCUGAACCGACACCUGAGCAGUCUGCAGAUGCUUCACCUCAAGAGAACCCGAUGGAAAAACCAGAAGACUCUGAACCAGAACCGCCUGCAGGUUCUGCAGUCCCUGAGGUUCCUCAGGAGUCUGAAGAUCUGCAGCCUGAUGAAGAUCCAGAACCUGCUGACCCACCGUCUUCUGCCACAUGUGAUUCUGACUCCAAGACCCUGAGCAGCGCCGAGUCCUCGGAGGAGGACGAAGACGAGAGGGAGGCGGCCGAUGACCAGUCCAGUUCUCCCAGUAUUCUGCCGUCCUCGGUUCUGGACAAGGCCAGCGCCAUCGCCCAGCACUUUAACAGCAUCAAGAGAGGCAGCCUGGCCCAAGAUGACGCCCGCUCCCUGGGCUGUCUGUCCCCUCGUUUACCCAGCAGGACCGGCAGCACGCUCAGCCUGCGGUCCGAGUCGGCCGACCGCCCGCUGCGCCUCAACAGCAACUCCUCCGAUCCGCCCGAGGCGUUUGGCGGAGCGGACCUGAGCCUGCUGUCCCCCAGAGACGACAGCCUCUUCGAGCCGGACCGCAGCGUCCGGCGGAGGCGGGACUCCACCCUGUCCAAGCAGGACCAGCUGCUCAUCGGGAAAAUCAAGAGCUACUACGAGAACGCCGAGAACCAGGACGCCUCGUUCGGCCUGCGGCGCAGGGAGAGCCUGACCUACAUCCCGUCGGGCCUGGUCCGGAGCUCCGUCAGCCGCUUCAACAGCAUCCCCAGAGAUGAGACGGCCCAGUCCAAUCCUGCUGCUUCAGCCACACCUCAGGAUCUGGAUCCUCUCUCCACUAAGAACCGCUUGGCCUCCAGUCAGUCCUUGGACCCGCUGAAGUCCGAUCUGUUGAGCAGCGACUGCGAAGAACCGCUCAGGUUCCGGCCGACACACGAUGACCUGUCAGAGGAAGAGUUCAGAUCUUCAUCAGAGAUGAUUAAGAUCUGGCAGACGAUGGAGCGACAGAUCUCCAGAUCCCAAAGCCAAGACAGGGAAUCCAGUCAGUCCAGAGAGAAACCCUCCAUCUCCGCCGGCGUCAGCAGCUUAACCCGGACCAAGAGCUGCGACCCGGACCUGAAGAACUCCGACCUGAGUGCCGUCACAGAGGACUCCCUCAGCUCACUGCCAAAGACCAGAACCGCAGCGCUCAGCCGGGCCGGGAGUCGGACCGGCACCUCCAGAUGCUUCGGGGAAGAGACGGUGAUGCUGCGGGCCACGGUUCCCCGGGUGGCGGAGCUGAGGGCGGAGCUGAGGGCGGAGACCGGCGGCGACAAACCCGCUGAGGAGACGGAGCAAACGGACGAGGUGGACAGAGCCGAGAGCAAAGUCCGUCUUCUGGCUCGACGCUACAGCCAGCGGAUCAGAACCUCCAGUCCGGUGGUCCGACAGCGAAGCCCGGCCGGCCCGUUCAACAGGAAGACUCUGGCUUGUGUGGUGGAGGAGAAGGAAGGCUCAGGGAAGCCCAUCCUGACUCUGCCUCUGGGUCCGAAGGUCCAGUCCAAGUCUCUGCCGCUGAGCCCAGUGGAACUGGACCAGAACCCGGGCGCUGGAGGCCACGCCCCCCUCAGCCCGCCGCCCCCCGCCGAGGGCUUCAGCUGGCCCGACGUGCGGGAACUCCGCUCCAGAUACUCCAGCGGCGGCCGGAACCAGAACCGGCCCAUGAGCCGCAGCUGCACCAUCCCGGACCGCAUGUUGGACGGCAGGAGGCACUCCAGCGGAUCACCCGGUCAUCUCCAUGACGACGACGCGUGGGCAAGCCGACCCCGCGGCGGGCGGGUCGCGGCGCGGGGCGAUCGGUCCAAACGGCUGCACAGAGCCAACUCUCUGGACCCGCGGCUCAGCCUGCAGCUGGGCGACCUGCAGCGGACCCGGCAGGAACGCAGCGCCGCCGCCGGUUACUACAUCGCCGCCGAGGCGCCGCUCACAGACGACCCCGAGCGCAAGAUCAUCAUCAUGGAGAAGCUUCCAGAACCCGGAAACAGGGAACCGGUAGAGGACGACGGAUACGUCCAGAUCCGCUCCCCGACCAGCCGGGAGAAGAUCUCCAUCAUGGCCGUCAUCGACCGCUGCCGCGCGUACCAGGAGUCCGACGACUACAGGCUGAGGGACGACACCAAGACGGCGCCGCCGUCAGAGCCGGACGAGCCGCAGAAAACCCGACCCGAGUCCGGGCAGAGCGGCCAGAAGAGCAUGGUGAAAAACCUGAGGGAAAAGUUUCAGAGCCAAACCUGAAAAACCUGGAGAACCUGGAGGACCUGGAGAACCUGGAGGACCUGAAAAACCUGGAGGACCUGCAGAAUCUGGAGGACCUGGAGAACCUGGAGGACCUGCAGAAU